CGCAGGUCCGUCCUCCAUCACUGGCCGAGCCCACUGACUGAAAACACCACCUAGAAACCAAGCGAGCCCUCACGACUCCUGGAAAUAUGUAGUUAGCUCACACACUGCAGCAUAUUUCGACGACAGGUGGACUUGGAGGAGCUGAGCAGUUACAUGGACGUUUACCAUGGGUGGUAAUGACGAUGAAGCUAUGACAUACGUUGUGAAUAAACAAAAGCAAGAUGAAGAGCUUAAGAACAAGCUGAAUGACGGCAGCCACUGGUGCGACCAGGAGUCCACUGGCAAUAAUGCCAAGUGGGUCAAAGAAGGCCGCAACCAGCUGCGGAAAGUAACAGAGAACCAUCAGGAGCAGGACCACAACUGCAAUAUCAACCAGAAUGGAAACGAGGAAGACUUCCCUCUCCAGAACACCACUCAGGACGAACAACAGGGAAAUGAGGAGCAGAUCAAGUCUCCCAAAAAAGCACUGACCCCUGGCCUCAGUCAGGAGGAGUCCAAGAACAUCCUCAAUGAGCCGCUCCUCAUCGAUACCCUGAAGCUGGAGUCGACAGACGAGAAAGAGAAGGAGAGAGAAGAGGGCGAUAAAGAGAAGGAAAAUAAAUCAGAGGAUGACGAGGAGACAUCGGGUGACACCAGGGGGGAAAAGGUGGCAGAGGAACAGGGUAAUGUGGAGUCCCAGAGAGAGGGCAGCAGCGUCGUGGGGAGAAAUCCAUGCCUCCUCUUUUCCAAUCUGAACGGGACGCCAAGCGAUGAAGAGUCCAGCUGGCCGGCCCUGUCCCAGGACAACACGACCGACAGCUCUCCAAAUGGCAACAGAGAGUCCUUCUGGGACUCCAGUGCUUUCGAGACAGACACAGACCUGCCAUCAGGAUGGAUGAGGGUGCGAGAUACGUCGGGCACAUACUACUGGCACAUCCCCACAGGCACCACCCAGUGGGAGCCUCCUUCACCCCUUGGUAAAGUUGGUGACUCCAUGAUGUCCUCCACCAUGUCCCUGGAGACUACACCAUGCGAUGAACCUGAGGAAUCUUGGGCUCAACUUUCCAGCACAGAUGAAGCUGCUGGUGAAGGGGAACUGUGGAAGGAGGAGGCAGAGGUUGCAUCUGAUCAAAGUUUGAAGGAGUUUGAAGGAGCAACUCUACGCUAUGCAUCUAUCAACCUGAAUUACAAUUGCUCCCAGUCGGAGGAAGAAGAGAAGCUCGCUCCACUCUGCACUGAUUUAGAAACUAAGUGUUUUGCAGUGCGUUCCCUGGGCUGGGUAGAGAUGUCCGAGGAGGACAUGGCACCCGGCAAGAGCAGCGUUGCUGUCAACAACUGCAUCAGGCAGCUGUCUUAUCACAAACACAACCUUCAUGACACUGCUGGCAUCUGGGGAGAGGGUAAAGACAUGCUAAUGGUGCUGGAGAAUGACACGAUGAACUUGAUCGACCCUCUGGGACAGACUCUGCUUCACGCUCAGCCAAUUGGCAGCAUCCGUGUCUGGGGUGUUGGCAGAGACAAUGGCAGGGAAAGGGAUUUUGCUUAUGUGGCUCGAGACAACCUGACCCAAGUUCUGAAGUGUCAUGUUUUCCGCUGCGACUCUCCCGCCAAGAACAUCGCCACCAGCCUGCAUGAGAUGUGCUCAAAGAUAAUGAUGGAGAGAAAGGCGACCAAGCCGGGGGUGAGCAGACUCAACUCUGACCCAAGCAAACCUGGGGUCAUCCCCGUUGAAGAGUUUCCUGCUCCGAAAAACGAACUCUUCCAGCACUUCCAGGUCUAUUACCUUGGCUGCGAGGCUGUGGCGAGGCCAGUUGGUAUGGAUAUAAUCAAUGACACACUAGAGGCGGCCGUGAAUGGCAGAGAUAAAAAUCAGUGGAUUCCCGUCUCUGUGAACGUCGCACCGGCCACGCUCACCAUACUUUCAAGUCAGGAUGAGGAGGUGCUGUCUGAGUGCAGGGUGCGUUUCCUGUCUUUCAUGGGCGUGGGGAAGGACGUCCACACCUUCGCUUUCAUCAUGGCCGAAGGUCCCCGAGAAUUCACCUGCCACAUGUUCUGGUGCGAACCCAACGCUGCCAGUCUGAGCGAGGCGGUGCAGGCGGCCUGCAUGCUUCGCUACCAGAAAUGUUUGGAUGCACGUCCGCCCAGUCUGGCCUCCUGCCUGCCCACUCCUCCCGCCGACUCCGUGGCUCGACGUGUCAAGAAAGGGGUGCAGAGUCUCCUGGGGAGCUUUAAGAGCUACAGGUCAGGUUCUCAAUCCCCUUGAGUCGGAGCGAAGAUGAUUCACAGUCCAUUUAACACCCAAGUCCAUCACCACAGCCCCUUCUCACUCUCGCGUAUCCUCCUCUCAUCCUUCUGCCACAGUUUUUCGCCUUAUGACCGUUUCACUUGUCUAGUCGCUAGUCUAGUGCGUGGAGUAGUUUGUGGGGAAAAGUGUGCGUCUGAAAAGAUUUACUCUUACUUUAUAACAAGGAUUUUAAACUCUCGCCUCCGAACAGAUGAACCCCCGGCAUCAAAUGUCUCCUUUGCUGGGAUUCCUUCUGUGAGUCUUUUACUAUUUUUGUGUUUUAACAGAAACAACGCUAUGAAUGUUGGACAUGGAUGUAAUUUAUAGUUUACAUGCAGGCGCUAGAAUUUGCUUGAAUAGACUCCUUCGCAGAAAUGCUCUCAUCUCCUCCUCAGUGCAAUGACUCCUCUCUUUUCUACUGUUUUAAGAAUCGUACUGUAACGCAGUCGUCAUUAGUUGGUGUCAAUGAUCCUUAUACACUCUUUUUAAAAACAUCACUACACCUCUCUCUCUCUCUCUCUCUCUCUCUCUCUGCCAGGGCUGGGUGUCACUACAUAUUUCAUGAACUGUUUCUAUUUCGAUUCACAAUGUCGAUUCAUUUAGAGAUAUUUCAGAUUCCUGAAAGCUAGUGUUGUCAUUGGUUUCACUGCCAGGUCUAGUUGCAUGUGGCUUUGCUUUUUUUUUUUCCAUGAUUUUUAUAUCCAAAGUGCUCCCACACAUCAGCUUUCAGGGCUCAGAGCUACAGCCUCCGUCAUGUUGUGGAUCUUCCUCACAACAUUUCUCAUGGACUCAUUUCUAACUAGAGGAAGCAGGAAAUGGCAUAUAUUAAAAUAAAAAUAUAUGGGAUCUUUCAAAUGAAGACCAAUUUGAAUGAGAAAAUCUAUUUUUUUUGUUUUUAUACCCAGCCCUAAUCUCCACCAUGUUAGAUUGUAGUUCUGUCCCCGACGCUCCCAAACAAUGUAUUUUAGUCUUCCAAAGAACUGUAUGGUCAUCUGUCACAUAGUGAGCAACCACUGAUUUGAGUGUUUCUCAUUCAUCCUGCAUGAACAUUUGCAAGUUCAGUGCUAGUGUGCAAUAAUCAGAUGUUCCAGUAUGGUGUGGUGACAAGGUGGCUGCCGCGUGGUUACUCGUCCACUUCAGUGCGUCUGAAUAGAUCUGAGUGUGAGGCUAAUGGAACGACACAGCCAUGCUGAAAAUCAUUAUCUAGUGAUAUAGAUAAUAGUAGUAAUAAUAAAAAAUAAAUAAAUAAGAAUGACAAACUCUGGGUUUUCUCACAGCCAUUUGCCGCCACCGCCAACGACCACUCAAUAGUACUGUAGAAACUCACCACAAGCUGCAUGUUUUGAUAGCUUAGAGUUACCGCUGCUCGCAGCAUCAAUGUAUCCUGUAAAUUCUUUCUGUGUUUCCGUAGACGGUAAGAGGAGGCUGGAGUUGAUGUGUUGUUUUGUGUUACAUAGGCAUGUCACUCUAGUUAGUGUCAGUGUUUCUCAUAAGCUAGCAGUAGAGAGUUAGACUUCCUGUCAGUUCCUUCACGCUGUAAACGAUGCGAGCAGGUCGCUGUCUCUAUUUACAGUUUGUGCAAAUGGAAAAAACUGAGAGACGAUUUCUCCCGUGGUUUUUAUUUUUAUUCUUUCCUUGGCCACAUUUUUUGACUAUUUGCGUGUGCGUGCGUGUGUGUGCCGCUCCGAUUAAUGUAUUUUUUAUUGAAUCCACACACUACAAUGUACACAGUCGAGAUGAUUUUCACAUUUAGCGCGUUAGCUUUAGUUUUUAUAAAGUACACACUAAUUAACCGAGGUGUAUUUUAUCUCUGUGUGUCUGUCAGUGAUCAAUACUGUAUGUAGCACAAUAGUAAUAGUCAUCUCUAAUGUAAAAGAUGCAGUUUGUAAGAUGUCUUGGUAAAUUUGAUCAGGAACAAAAGGCAGGAAAUCAAAUCUUGUAUAAAAAAAUCUUAUAUUUGUUUUCGAUGAAGAAAUAUAUUUUAUGGAACAUUCAUUUUUAAACACCCUGUCAUCUACAGCAAGCCAUUUUUUACAUAAUAUUAAUCAUCUCGCCUCGUCGCCAUCGGCUUUCUAUUGCUUAAGAAGCUUUGUCAUUUCCUCAUAAUUAAAAGUCAAAUAAGCUGUAUAUUUGAAACCUAAAAAUUUGGCUUGGACGAGUGUGACUCAACAGAGACUCGUCUCCAAAUGUAAAGCUCAUCCAAUUAAAGCAAAUCUCAGUGAUGAACAGGUUUACGUGAAGCCGCGACGCCAAAUCUCUUACCAACUGCUUCUUUAUAUGUAUGUAAUAUAUAACACUAAUGGAAAGUAGGUUACUUGGACUCAUAUUACUGCCUUGUCACUCAUGUGUCACUUGGAAUUAUUGUGCUUUCUCCUCCUUCAAAGAUUUCUGUGUCAGUGGCAACACUAAAGCCAGACGAGUGAACGAACAUUAGCAGAUUAAUUUAUUUCUGUUCAUGUAAAUUAGGUGUAUAAAAUGUAAUGUAUAUAAAAGUCACUGCACAAUAAAUGUGGACAUAUCAUAACUGA